GGAAUAAUCCUCCCACUCACCAAUUGCAAGUUGCGUUUCCUUCUAGAAGCGAAUAUCCUCCUGGAUUUUGACCCAACCAGCGAAACUCUCCGGAAUCUCACUCUAGGACAUGGCAACUCCGAUCCUUUCUAGAGACACUACCUCGGACGUAACAUUUCGGCUGACCUUUGGGGCGUCCUCCGGGGGCAGAAGCUACAACAGGCGCUCAUGAAGCAAUCUUGCAGCAUAGGUCACUCCAUCUCCGAGCGUCGCCCUAUCGGCCUCACAUUAGAGCAGUCUACAUCGGUCGCCACGCAUCCGACUAUCAGGGAGCUGACAAAACCUCUUCGAGAACUGCCGCAAGGCUCCGGAGAGAACUCAAACAGAGAAUCAGAGACGAGUGGACUGACAAGCAAGCCACAGACGACAUCGAGCGUCAGAUACAUGGCAUCGGAUUUGCCAACCCUGCGAACAGACGACACCUGUCGACCUCAGGGCCCAGCACCAAGGCACCUGAUGAAGAAACUCACUGCCCCGAUCGUGGCCACGCUCGAAGGUCAAUAUCGAAGGAGGGAUGAAGCCAUCGAGGCUGUUUCCACAUAUUGUCUUGUUCAGGAAGGAUGCACUGUGCCCCGGUCUCGCCCUCGGUCGACACCAGAGGCCGCCAUUUGUUGCUCUACUUCUGAUCCGCCUGAGGGCGGCCAGUUGGACCUCGUCACACGAUCUGUUCCCAUCACUAACGAUAAGGAGCGGCCCAAGAGAUGCUUUAUCUGUAUUGGACAGGCCUCGGAUUUAAUUCCGGACGACAAGGGUCGAUUGGACGAACUCACCCAUGAGUUCUGCUCUCGGCGGGCUCCAGUCAUGUUUUCGGCUUCGUUGCAGCUUUUCAAGAGAUCCGCGUCGUUGAAAAGGUGGGCUAUCGGCGAUAGGGGCGAUCCGUAGGGCAUGCCGGUGUUGAUUCUGGAUGUUUCGGAUCGGAAUCUGUCUAAGUUGAUCUCAAUAUCCAAGAGAACUGGCAAUUCAAUGCACCGCCACUUCGUCAGUACGUCCCUUCCCCGGUUUGUACAGGAGUCAGCUGUGCGAAGGACUAUCCCAUCGAGUGCUGCAAGGCGACAGUACAUUGGCUCCACAUAACGGGCCCCCUUUUA